AUGUAUUCCGAUAACGGAAAAAACUUUGAAGGCGCCGCCAACGAGCUAGAGGAGGUUUACCGAAUGCUGCAGGAUGAGACGCAAAUGCACCACAUCACGUCAGAUCGCACCUGCGAACGAAUCACCUGGCAUUUCAACCCACCGAAAGCCCCACAUUUUGGAGGACUGUGGGAGGCGGCUGUAAAAGUGGCCAAGCGCCAGCUAUACCGUCAACUCGGAAACUCUAAACUCUCCUUCGAAGACCUGACUACGGUACUUACGCAAAUAGAGGCCAGCAUGAACUCGCGCCCCAUCGUUCCGCUAAAACCGUAUCUUUGCCGAACGCCACUAAACCGGCUAGACCACUACCAACGCCUUCAACGUACAUACCAGCAGUUCUGGCAUCACUGGAGGACAGAGUAUCUACAGGAAUUGCAACGGGACACCAAAACCUGCCAUCCCAAUACCGAUAUACAGCCAGGCAGAUUGGUUGUCCUAAUGGAUGAGUUGCAGAUGCCGGUGAAGUGGCCGCUUGCCAGAAUAAUUGCAGUUCACCCUGGUAGAGAUGAUCUGGUGCGAGUCGUUUCACUGCGUACCAGUCGAGGAGUCAUCACGAGACCUAUCACCAGAAUCUGUUUGCUGCCGACGGAGGAGAACGAUGCCGAAUUACCGCAAGAGGACAUUCAGCCCACAACCAGUCCUACGGAAAUUCUAGACGAUCACCAAAAAGGAACUCACUAA